AUGGAUCACCACUGCAGGCGUCCAAUACGAAAAGGCAUCGCGCAACUCCAAAGUCGGACUCUCACCAAAAGCGACCUAGGAAAGCGGCAACAAGCAAGAGCCACACCGAACCCCGACAAGAUGACACAAGUAUAUCACUAUUUCACUUCACCACCGGAAGCGAUCGGGUCUAGCAGCAGAGGCAGCGGGCAAGGCGAAGAUUCCGACGCUGCCGCAUCAGAAUGGUACCAUGAUGCAGCUCUUGUCCCGAUAGGGUCUAUCUACGUUUCGACGGGGAGGCAGGAACUGCUUGAGGAGAGGAUCCACGCAUGGCUGCCGCCUGAUCGUCAAGUGGUUUGGGCUGAACAUGACAAGACAGGCGUCCAAGUCUCUCUAACUCAUGGUGUUGGCAAUGCGGUUCGAGUUCGAUCAUCUCCUGUGCCCGACCUGCCCAGAGAAGAGCCCACCUUACAGGACUCCCGCCCCUUACCGGAUGAUCUUGAUGGUCAUGAGAUGACACAAGUAGUCACUCCUGGGGAGAUGAUGGUCUUUGGCGCAAGCGUUAACACCCGCGGAGAUGGUGGUGGCUCGAGCGGAAACGAUGGCUUGGAGGUUGUUCAUGACUUGGGCGGGCUGCUCGGGGAUCGUUCCGACGGUGUGAAUGGUCCGGCCGAUGACGAUGGUUGGACGAAUGACGAAGGUAUGAGCAUUGCUCGCGGCGCUGACGCGAAGGAUGGCCACGGUGACACCAGCUCUCACCGUGAUGAUGGCUUGGGCGGCGACGGAGGCCUGGAAGACGCGAGCGUCACCAACGCGCCUGAUAAUGAGGCUAGCUUGCCUGGUGACGAUGGUUCAGGCAGUGAGCAGGUUUUGAACGGGGAGGCUAGCCAGAACGACGCGAGCAUCAUCCCUGAGGAUGGUGUCCAUGACGACAUUGGCCUGGACGGUGCCGCACGCCGGGACGCUGUCUACGAAGCUCCCAUGAGCAGCAAGGCUAGCCUGGACGAUGUCCAUGGCAGCGACCGUUGGGCUGACUCUCCUGGGGACGGGAGCCUUUAUGGGAGUGAGUUGAGUGGUGGCGCUGGCUCGGAAGAUGCGAGCGUCACCGGUACGCACAGUUCGAUUGGCGGCGCGGACUCCAACGGUGACGAGGGCAACACUAGCUUGGGCGGUGAGGCUGGUAUGGAUGAUGCGCGCGUAGACGGGGCUAGGUUUACUGGCGACGACGGCACGAGCACCGAACAAGACUUCGGUGGAGAGGCUGGACUGCACGAUGCGGGCAUAUUCGUCGGCGUGACGGACGACAUUGGCAGCGCAGGCUUGGUCGACGGCGACCGCUGGGACAUUGCAUACGAACCUUCCUCAGGUAGCGAGAUUGGCCCGCCCGACGCCCACAGCGCUCAUGCGAACAGUAGUGACCGAGAGGCCAGCUGGCCUGGGGACGAAGGCUUCCUUGAGACUGGGCUGCGCGCCGACGCUGACUCGGAAGAUGCGGAUAUGGUCGACUGCGCGGCCGCUACUGGUGACGAAGGUGGUACUCGCUUGGGCGGUGAGGCUGAUAUGGGUGAUGCGCACGUAGACGGGGCUAGGUUUGCUGGCGACGACGGCACACACACCGAACAAGACUUCGGUGGAGAGGCUGGACUGCACGAUGCGGGCAUAGUAUUCGUCGGCGCGACGGACGACAUUGGCAGCGCAGGCUUGGUCGACGGCGACCGCUGGGACAUUGCAUACGAACCUUCCUCAGGUAGCGAGAUUGGCCCGCCCGACGCCUACAGCGCUGGUGCGAAUGAUGGUGACCGUGAGGCUAGCUUUCCUGGGGGCUUCUACAGAUCUGACCUAGGAGGUGGUGCUGGCCCGGAAGAUAUGCACGUCACCGACGCGAACGAUGGAUCAAAUGGCCAACAAGUACCAGUGGGCGGUAAUCUGGGCCGACGUGGUGGCAAUAUGCAUCUAGGAUCCGGCGGUAUCGUAACGAUGUCUAUCAAAGCCCCCGGCGAAGACCCCAGCAGUAGCUCGUCUCAGUUGGAACCCGAUGGCGGAGUGUCAGUCCCUAUCGGCGGAGACGGUAAUGCCCCACUGCUCAUGAGCAGGGAUGAAGAAUCGGCCUUUAUGGAAGGGUUCGGUGGCGCUGGCAGCAGUAAUCUCACACAGCAGGAUUCAGCUCACCCGGAUCAUCGGUAUGAAAUCGAGCAGUGGGAUGGGAUGGUGAUAGAAGACGAGGAUGUGAACAAGAACGAUCGUGAAGCCCAAUAUGGGGGUGACCAUUCCAAUGACUAUGCGCACGAUGUCGGACAGGAGCGUGGGAGCGUGGAUGGCAGGAAGAUCAUGAGAAAUCCACAAGGCGAAGAGAAACGUCUGGCCGAGAUAGGGAACGGGUUUGAAAAGGCACAUGGUAUUGACGACGAAGGUGAGGACAGAUACGAUGAUGAGGAUGAAGAAGAGGAUGAAGAUGAGGAUGAAGACGAGGAUGAAGACGAGGAUGAAGACGAGGAUGAAGACGAGGAGCAGGGCGGGCACUAUCGCGUCGAGGAUGCAUCCCUAGAGGUUGAUUACUUCAGCGGCUCGGAUAUGAGCAAUCAUUCUCCAGUGGCGGAUCAAGACGGAGAUGCCGAUGAGGUGUGGAUCGCAGAAACUGAAGCUGCCACUCACCUGCAAUUCAGGAGGAAGCGCAGGAGGAGUAAGAAACGCGAGCGUACUAGAUCGCAUGCCCAUGAACCUCGCUCGAGACAGCGUCCGACGUCGCGUUCAAGCGAGCCAGUCUUGCACCCUAGCUUUUCGCAAGGAUCGCGUGCUUCGGAUCGCGAGUGCGCUACGGAGGAGACGCUGUACAUCGAGAGGCAGCCUGAGGAUGGGGCUGUAAAUCAUCGCAUUGUCCCGCGAAGCGAGGCGCGUUCGGUAGACCAGUUGGCAGCAAGUUUGGCCCGCGAAAAUCCGGAUGCCCCUGCCACCAGGCGCGACGCACGAAAUAUUAUGAGGAAAAUAGACAAGGUGGCCGACGGGUUACAGAUGAUGGCUGCUUCACAUCCGAGUCCUAGUGAUGAUGCCGACAAUCCGCCGGGCAACAUUGACCGGCGCGUCCGGUGCAAUGUACAACGUCGAGCUAUUGCAAAGACCCUUCUUCAUGAGGAGAUCAGAAAACAUGCACAGAACCUUAUGCACCGAGUUGACAAUUCAGAUCCGAUCCCGGUUGCUUCCGUGGAAGAUGUCGAGCGGUAUGCCCGGACGAAGAAGCAUGAACAUGGUCCGACGAUUGAGGCGUUCACUGUUGAUUUCAGUGGGCAUCUGGGGUCGCCGUGGAAUAUGAGAGCAAAGGUUAUCUUCGCAGAGCACUUCGCAGCUGCAGAUUACAGCUCCAAUGAUCAACGCACCAUCCGGAAGAUGUUCAAGACUCAUUUAGCCGCCCUCCGCGAUCAGUACGAAAAAGGGAGUCGCUCCGAGGAUUACGAACCAUCGCCAGAAGAAUUGGACACCAUCAAUGCAGCAAAACGCGGACAACGCCGGCGUGAGCUCAGAGAACGGCGCCGCGCUGCAUGCCAAGCGACACGGUCGUUGCGACCAUUUGCCCAGUGCUUCAAGAACAUCCCCUACACAGCGGUCAGUGGUGACGAAUCGGACGAGAGCUCAGGCCGCAAGCGGUUCAUCGUGACGAAGCUACCUUGGCGAUCGCGAGAGUUUGAGGAAUUCCUGGACGUGCUUGACCCGAUCUAUAUGUCUACUCGGUGGACGGCGAAUGGAAGGUGGAGUAAAGGACAUCUUCCUCAUCCGCGUGAGCGCGGGUCCCAUCGCAUAGAAAAGUUUUGUCCCGGGGUCCCAGGGCUCCCUAAAAACUUCUACGAUGAAGACUGGCUCACGGAUCUCCAGCAAACCGACCCCGAGGCUCAUAACAAACUUGAUGUGCAGCCAUAUAUGGAUUUGUCCAUUCCAGAGGAUGUUUUACAGUUGUAUGAACGUUUCAAGCACUGCAAGAUUCGCAAAGACAAGCCAUUACUGCCGAGCCAGUAA